GUUAAAAUGAGUUCUGAAGUAAGAUACCAGGAGGCUAGCCCAGCUGAUAGAGAGGCCGAAAGUGAGGAAUCAACAGUCGAGAGAGGGUGGUUGGAGUACUUGAAGAGGUGGAUUGGAGAAAUUGGGGUUAUUACGAAAUUGAUUGUCACGGUGAAUGUAUUAGUCUUCAUUCUCGAAAGCUACAUGGAUUGGGACAUCUGGUCUUAUGUUAUUAACCUUUAUUAUCUCAAGAAUGGAGAGUACUUCAGGCUUAUAAGUUAUCAGUUUUCUCAUAUUAACUGGUUUCAUAUACUAACGAACAUGCUGUGAGUUGUACUAUACUCCCCCGAGAUUGAGAAGCAUCACGGGUUUUGGAAGUACUUGCUACUAAACUUUUUGUUAUGAGCCGGACAAACAGCGCUCAUGUUGUUGAUGGUGUAUGGAAUGACCUAUGUUCCAGAAGCAUUGUAUGGAGGAGAGUUUUAUUAUUAUUAUUCUCCAAUAGGAUACUCUGGUGUUAUUUAUGGAUAUAUCACUCUUUGGUGCUACAUAAUUGAGGAUGAGUAUUUGUGCAGCUGCUGAAUUAUUCCAAUCAAAGCUAAGUAUGCUCCUUGGAUAUUGCUUAUUAUCGACCAAAUAAUAUGAUUUGGAGUAAGUUUCAUUUGUCAUUUAAGUGGAAUUCUCGCUGCUCAUUUGAUAAGAGUUUUCUUGUUUACAAAAGAUGAAAAGAUAUUAGGAGAAGGCAAAUCUUGUUUAUCUAAAACCAUAAACUACAUCAGAGGAAGAAGAAACGUCAAUUAUGACAUCACCUAUGAACUCCAGUCGCAGCCAACUGUUGUUGAAUCGGCUGUAUAA